CACACACACAGCUCAUACACUCACACACACUCAAACCCUCCUCCAGCCCCACCACCUCCACCAUGGCAGCCUCCACCCUGUCCAUCUGCUCCAGCGACCUGAGCUAUGACUGUCCAGAGAGCUGCUGCGAGCCCCCCUGCUGUGCCCCCAGCUGCUGCGCCCCGGCCCCCCGCCUGACCCUCCUCUGUGCCCCAGUGAGCUGUAAGUCCAGCCCCUGCUGCCAGGCAGCCUGCAGCAGCUCCUGCCCAGCCUCGUGCUGCCAGCAGUCUAGCUGCCAGCCCUCCAGCUGCACCUCCUCCCGCUGCCAGCAGGCCUGCUGUGAGCCCGUCUGCUGCAGGCCCGUCUGCUGUGAGCCUGUCUGCUGUGAGCCCGUCUGCUGCAGGCCCGUCUGCUGUGAGCCUGUCUGCUGUGAGCCCGUCUGCUGCAGGCCCGUCUGCUGUGAGCCUGUCUGCUGUGAGCCCGUCUGCUGCAGGCCCGUCUGCUGUGAGCCUGUCUGCUGUGAGCCCGUCUGCUGCAGGCCCGUCUGCUGCACACCUGUUUGCUGCAGGCCCGUGUGCUGUGAGGCUUCCCCUUGCUCAGCCCCCUCAUCCUGCUGCAGACCCUCCUCUGUGUCCCUCCUCUGCCGCCCCGUGUGCCACCCCGCCUGCUGCGUGCCCGACUCCUCCUGCCAGCCCAGUUGCUGCCGCCCAGCCUCUUCCGUGUCCCUGCUCUGCGGGCCCAUAUGCUCCCGCCCUGCUUGCUGCAUCCCAACCUCGGCCCUGGAGCCCUGCUGCUGACCUGGCAUGUCACCCCAGAGCCAGCCGAGCUCAGGUUCCACCUGUGACUUGGUCCUCUGUCCUGACCUGGGCUGGGUGGUUGCCCUCACGCAGGACAGCGUUCCCGAUGUCUCCACUGCCCUGACCACUGACCUCUCACUCUUGCCCAAGGAACUCUGACCUUUCAGCUCCCUGGGGCUUCUGACUCCCAGGAGUCGUCUCCAGCUGUCUCUGGGUCAGCUGGCCCCCUACCCAUCCAGAUCCUCUAUCUGGGUCACUUGGCCUCAAAUUCUAACCUGUCAGCGCCCCCUCAGGCCCCUGGAUAAAUAAACUCACAUCAUCACCUGA